CUUACAGUGACAACUUUCACGCCUACUGGGAGAGAAGCAACUUUCUUGGCAAUGAUAAGGCGGAAGAUGCGUUCGUCAUCCAAAGAUUUUUGACAAUGAAAGAAACAGAAAAACCCAUAGACCCUGCACAUUAAAAAAAUUUUACAUAUACGUUUUCUAUCAAACAAGUUGUGGUUCAAUUCACUCCUGCUGUGAUGUAAGAAGAAUACAUUCUCAAGGAAGGAAUUGUUGAAGAAAUACCCUGAGCAAGAAUGAGAUGCACCUUUUUGAAAAGACUGAGCAGAAAUGUUGUUUUUUCUUUUGGAUGGAUGCUGGCUGUGUGUGCCCUGCUGUUGGUGUGUCUAAUGGUUACUGUCAGAUUUUCCAAAGGACCUUUUGAACUCACUGCAACAGUUGACGAAAUCCAGACAUACCACAAAUAUGACAUCGAUUGCUCCGCCAUCUACGAUCUUGACCCCGUGGAAGUGGGCAAGUCUCUGGUCAUCAGGAAGAAUGUUGUGGAGGAGAAGGACACCACUCUGGUCAACCUCACCUCCAACUGUCCACGCUACCUCAAGUCCAGGGGAUAUGGCACCAUCCCGGUGUCGGAGGAGGAAAGGCAGUUCCCUCUGGCGUAUUCCAUGGUGGUGCACAAGUCUGCCUGGAUGGUAGAGAGAAUCCUCAGAUCUGUGUACUCCCCUAACAACCUCUAUUGUAUCCAUUACGACCAGAAGUCCUCAGCGGAGUUCAAGUCUGCUAUGGAGGGCCUGGCUCACUGCCUGCCCAACGUCUUCAUCGCCUCCAAGCUGGAGAACGUCAUCUAUGCUAGCAUCACUCGGCUGAAGGCCGACCUAAACUGCCUGUUUGACCUGCUCGGGUCAGAGGUCAAGUGGAGGUACGUGAUCAACCUGUGUGGGCAGGACUUCCCUCUCAGGGCCAACGGCGAGCUGGUGUCAGAGCUGAGGGCCCUGCGAGGCUCCAACAUGCUGGAAACCACCCGCCCCCCUUUUUACAAGACCCAGAGGUACGCCUUCCAGUACAAGCUGGUGGACGCUAACUUUGAGUACCACAAGAUUCCCAUUCAAACAGGCGUAGCCAAAGAUCCGCCGCCGCACAACAUCGAGAUGUUCAUCGGCAGCGCUUACUUCACGCUCUCGCGGGAGUUCGUCAACUACGUCAUCAACUCGCCGCACGCCAAGGACUUCCUCAAAUGGUCGGAGGAUACCUUCUCUCCAGACGAACACUUCUGGGCCACUCUCGCACGCGUACCCGGGGUGCCGGGAGAAGUGCCCAGGUCCCAGCCUGACGUGUCCGACCUGAUGAGCAGGACGAGACUGGUGAAGUGGUACUACCUGGAGGGGUCUCUAUACCCCGACUGCACCGGCAGACACGUCCGAAGCGUGUGCAUUUACGGGGCAGGGGAAAUACGCUGGCUACUUGAAAACGGUCACUGGUUCGCCAAUAAGGUCGAUCCCAUGGUGGACCCUGUUCUCAUUCAGUGCCUGGAAGAGAAACUGCAAGAAAGACAGAGACGUCUGGUGAUUAACUAACAAACUUGUUGGGUCUGAGUUAAGACGACUUCAGAAUCCGAAUGAACGCCUAGUAAGACCUGAUGCAGUUAUGAACCCUUCCCAGGCCGGACCUUUAUGUAACAGCGCAAUGUUCUAUGAAGAAAAACAGCAGGAAAGAGUCUGUUGGUGGUGAUGCAAAUUCUCAGAAGAAUGCAGGGAAGUCAGAGAGUAAGUUACAAACAUGAUUUACCUGCAUAUCAGGAUUCCCACAACAUUGUCUGUACAUGAUCUCUGUCUGGCUUCUGGCUCUCUUUUCUUUCUAUUAUAAACUGUAAAUUAAAAAAAAAGUUCAAAGCAGGUGUGCAUAAAAGACGUUGGUUUUUGAAAGUAAGUAAUGAAGUAGUUGUAGUUAUUUCGACCUACCAUGUUGUCAAUGUUCCCUCAUGGGAUUGUGCACAAUAUACAACAUGUGACUUUGCAAUAGUUUAUUUAUGUCAGCCAUAAAACACAGAGGGACAACGUAUUUUGCCACAUUUUGCCACGACACAACAGUUGGACUUACCUGUGUCUGCUUUAUUGUGAUUCAGGAUCAAACCUCUCAUUCAGGUCUCACACAGAACUCAAAGAAGGCGUGGAGAGAUAAAACAGUGAUUAUCACACUGUCACAUGUCAAAAGUUAAACCUGUUACUGUCAAAAGUUUUCCCUCACAUUUUAAAAUGUCCAUUAGGGACAGUCCAAAAAAAUACCCUCAUGGAACUAAAUGAUGUUAUGAUAGUUGAGAAUGGGGAACUGGAAGUCAAGGCUGUGGUUAAACUACAUCUAGACUUGUCAAAUGGGGCUGUGUUUGUCUAAGAUUAAAGUAGAAAAAAACGCACUCUCAGGCUUAUCUCAUUGCUUAUUUUGACCAGUUUAUUCACAGACGCGUUUCGGCCUAAGCUAGUGGGUUUGUCUAAGAUUACCCUUUAUGUGUGAGUAAGAACCGGUUUCUUGUAGAAAUUUAGCCCUAUAACCUUUGCAGCCUUAUCUAUAAAACCACUUUUUAAAUAUGUGUUCUCCGAUGAUUCUGAUAUCCCAUUCAACAAACACAAUGGCAAAUUCUGUGAAAUGUAGCAUUUACAAAACACGCAUGAAUUCUUAUGUAUGUGUGUAUUUACCCUGCAAAUACAUGCUUGUAUAGCUUUGAAAACACUGUACCUGAAACACCUCCAUAGCAUACAACCUUUGCCCCUUUUAUUUAUCUACAUAGGUGGUAAUAGAACUGCAAACAUAUACAUUAACACAUGCACACACACAAUCACAGAAACAGCUUGUGAGUAUGCUGUAGUUAUAUGAUGUCAAGUUUUCGUUGCUCAACAGGGUCUCAAGUUGAUGGCUCUCUCACCCCAUUGUGUCACAUCCACCCAGCGUUAGUCCGGUGUGGGUGUGAUCUUGUUUUGUUUUUUCUGUUUGUCACCCUCACAUUCCUCAGUUGUGGACACACCCUCCUGUUCUCUCCCCGCACCUGACACCAGUCACUCAUCAGCGCACCUGUCAACAAUCAGCUCAUCAACCACCUACAAACACCAGCCCAACCUUCCUCUCCCUGCCGGAUUGUUGUUUCUCUCAUAUGCCAGCCCUGUCUGCUUUCUUGUUUAUUAAAAACCUAAUUCUGCAAAAGUUCCAGUUUCUGCACCUGAGUCCUGUUCCCAACCCUGACACAUUGUGUAACUUACUGUAGCAUUGCUCGUCAUAUGUUGAUAAGUAAGGGUCAAGAUUUGGUCUGAUUGG